AUGUAUUUAAAAAGCGAUUCAGGAUUAGGAGGAUGGAUAGCCAUACCAGCUGUAGCUGAUGUUCUCAGAUACUCUUGCAUUGUUUGCUGGUCUUCUAGGGAAAAGAACAAUGUGGAGCAGGACCUUAAAGAGAAGGAAGACACAGUUAAGCAGAGGACAAGUGAGGUUCAGGAUCUUCAAGAUGAAGUUCAAAGGGAGAGUAUUAAUCUACAAAAACUGCAGGCCCAGAAGCAGCAGGUGCAGGAACUCCUAGAUGAACUGGAUGAGCAGAAAGCCCAGCUGGAAGAGCAGCUCAAGGAAGUCAAAAAAAAAUGUGCUGAGGAGGCCCAGCUGAUUUCUUCCCUGAAAGCAGAAAUAACUAGUCAGGAAUCUCAGAUCUCCACUUACGAGGAAGAACUGUCUAAAGCUAGAGAAGAACUAAGUCGCCUGCAACAAGAAACAGCACAAUUGGAAGAGAAUGUGGAAUCAGGAAAGGCUCAGCUGGAACCUCUUCAGCAGCAACUACAAGAUUCACAACAGGAAAUCAAUUCAAUGCAAAUGAGAUUGGAAAUGAAAGAUCUGGAAGCUCAUAAUAACCAAUUAAAUUGGUGCAGUAGCCCACAGAGCAUCCUUGUAAAUGGUGCUACAGAUUACUGUAGCCUCAGCACCAGCAGCAGUGAAACAGCCAACCUCAACGAGCAUGCCGAAGGCCAGAACAACCUAGAGUCUGAACCCAUACACCAGGAGUCAUCAGUGAGAAGUAGUCCUGAAAUAGCGCCUUCUGAUGUGACUGAUGAAAGCGAAAUUGUGACUGCAACUGAUAAUGAAAAAGUUAGCCCCAGAUUUGACGAUGACAAGCAUUCAAAAGAGGAAGAUCCAUUUAAUGUAGAAUCAAGUUCACUGACAGAUGCAGUUGCAGAUACAAACUUGGAUUUUUUCCAGUCUGAUCCUUUUGUUGGCAGUGACCCUUUCAAGGAUGAUCCAUUUGGAAAAAUUGAUCCAUUUGGUGGCGAUCCUUUCAAAGGUUCAGAUCCAUUUGCAUCUGAUUGCUUCUUUAAGCAGGCUUCUACUGAUCCUUUUACCACUUCAAGUACUGACCCUUUCAGUGCAUCUAGCAACAGCAGUAAUACAUCGGUAGAAACUUGGAAGCAUAAUGACCCAUUUGCUCCUGGUGGAACAGUUGUUGUUGCAGCUAGUGAUUCAGUCGCAGACCCUUUUGCUUCUGUUUUCGGAAAUGAAUCAUUUGGAGAUGGAUUUGCUGACUUCAGCACAUUAUCAAAGGUCAACAAUGAAGAUCCUUUUAAUCCUACCAUAUCAAGUUCUGCCAGCAGUGUGGUCAUUCCAAAACCUGUGUUAGAGGAAACGCCCAGCAAGAGUGAAGAUGUGCCUCCAGCACUGCCACCCAAGAUUGGCACGCCAACAAGACCCUGCCCGCCACCCCCUGGGAAAAGACCCAUCAACAAGUUGGAUUCUUCUGAUCCCUUUAAACUGAAUGAUCCAUUUCAGCCUUUCCCAGGCAAUGAUAGUCCCAAAGAAAAAGAUCCUGAUAUGUUUUGUGAUCCAUUCACUUCUUCUGCCACUACCAAUAAAGAGGCUGACCCAAGCAAUUUUGCUAACUUCAGUGCUUAUCCCUCUGAAGAAGAUAUGAUUGAAUGGGCAAAGAGGGAAAGUGAGCGGGAAGAAGAACAGAGGCUUGCCAGACUAAAUCAGCAGGAGCAAGAAGACUUGGAACUGGCCAUAGCACUUAGCAAGUCAGAGAUAUCAGAAGCGUGAAGAGUUCUCUGUCCUUUGUCAGCUAUACAGUACUCUUCUUAAAUACUGAAGCUAUUUACCAUGUGCAUCAAACUACCUAUGAGCAUGGGAUACAAAAGGUUUGAGAUUCCUAGAAAUGUGACAAAAGUCUAGUUUGUUUGUUUGUUUGUUUGUUUUGGGGGGUUGCUAUUUCAAAUGUGUCUUUUAUUUUUUUCUUCCAAAAGCAGUACCCUAAUUAAACAGCUUCGCCUAGAUCCCUGUUCUGGUGUGCAUUUACAGUGAGCUCUUGCCUGCUUGUACUAGUCCCUGUAAAGCUAGAGCACCAAUCCUCUGCCUUCUGGAACCUAGCAGAUAUAGUUUCCACGCUGUGCUGCCCUUGUCCUGUAGUUACUAUGACAACGACUGGAGUUCUGAAAGUUCAUAAGUAUUCACCCUGAGCGAGUGUUUGAAGGAGGGGAAGGGAAAGAGUAUCCUGUUUCUUCUGAUCGGUACAAAGUAGCCAGUUUAAAGUGCAUUAAUAUGUACUUGUGGAGAAAAUAUAGUUAAGUUAUUAUUUAGAGACAAGGUAAAAUAUUCUGCAUAGAUCAACUCCACUAUUGAAAACUAGAUGAAUUAAGUUAAAACAUUAUUGCUCCAGCCUCAAGUAAUUCCUAAAUAAAAGUAUUAAAGUCUUGUAUAUGAAACAUGUUUUUAAAACAAUUUUCUCUGGACUUAAAGAAUUUUAAGAUUAACAGAUACCUCACUCCAUGUUUCCUAGUUAAAAACAAACCAAUUUCUUACAAAUAAAAUUUGUAAGGAAAUGUUCAUUUUUAAGUGCUAGUGAGGAAAAUUUGUAACUUAAAAUACAACCUAAAGUAAGCAAACACUUAGCCUGUACCCAUUUUGCCUUUGCGGCUCCAUUGACCUUAGUUCAUGUCCUGAGUCUAAGAAGGUAGAAUUGGAAGGUACUUUGGUAUUCAUUAUGUGUUGUUUCUUUAGUGAAGACCCAGCUAUUUGCAGUGAUACAAAUGGAAGAAAUAACAUUUGUUAUAUCCUCUUGCUUUUUGUCCAUCUUUGUAGUUUAAAUUACUUUAUUUACUUGCUUUAUUUUUCUCACCUAUAAAAUUGACAAGCUACCCUACCCCACCCAAAAAAAAUUCCUAGUUUUUAAAAUGAGAGAAAAAUAAACGGAGUUGCCAAAUUAUCAGAGCCCUGCUUUUGUUAAAAGCCCAUCUUCUGCUGGACUGGCCUGACAGACAGCUGGAUUUGAAGUGGAUUUGAAGUAGACUAUAAUUUGUAAUUUUUUAAAAUAUGAUUUAUUACUUUAGUGUUUGUAAUACCAAGAUAAGCAAAAAUGCACCUACAAACUAUUUAAAAUUCUUUAGGAUAACCUAGUUGAGGUGGUAUUGAACUGUUGUUAAUCAGUAAUUUACUGCCUGACCUAUAAAUAAAUUCCACAGUGUCUAAUUAGACCAUCUUGAAAUGGUGCUUUUUUUUUUCCUUUCCACACACUAUUGGAUAGCUGGGAUUUAAAGCAAACUUCAACCUUUUCCUUGCACUGCUAACUUUUUUCUAUUUUUGUAAAUAAAUAUUUUAGCAUAAAAGUUAAACAUAUGAAGUAAGGGCUGAAUCGUAAUCACAAGGCUUUAAUUGUGAUAACUAAUCCGUGGCCUAAGUGUUUGCUGCAAAGGGUGAUAAGCAGGUCAAGCUGGGUUGUGGUGGGCGGUGUUUCUGUUUGCCCCUUCCUCUCACUCCUCAGGAGAAAGGUAAGUUGACUUGAAUAACCUUCGUUUGCACUGAGAAAAGUGAAAAUGUUUGAAAUGCUUUAAAUUUUUUUAAUUAAAAAAAAACACUCUGGAAAUAUUAAAUAUCUAUAACUUAUAAACGGCAACUUUUGAUGUGUAGUAAGUGUGCCUGAAUCUUCCGUGCACUUAGCUGGGUCCUAGAGACUCUCAUCCUUUGUUAAGAUGUGUGAGCUCAGUGGCCAAUAUCAUACUAAAGUGUGUAUAUAUGAUAUAAACAUAUCUAGAUCUCCAUGCUUGACUGAAUAGAGUGAAUGUCUUAAGAGCUAUCUGUGAUGUCUUACGGUGUUAACCCUGGCUCCAGAGCCUGCGCUCGAAACAGAGACAGAGUUUUAACCAUCUUUACUUGCUUGUUCAGCUUCAUUUGAGCUCUCUUCUUAGAAUUUUUCUCAUGUUUCAAACUUAUAAAUUACAGUUGUAAUUAUGAGAAUAAUAAACUUUAAUAAAUAAAAAUGUGUAUUAUCUAUCA